AUGCUUCGUUCAAGGUCUAUCGCUUUCGUAAAGUCUUUAAGCAUACCUAAACGCUCAUUUGCUUCGGCGUCUCCGAUCACCGAACCCUAUAGUGGAAAGAAAAAUGUAAACGGUAAUUAUACCGUUACACUUAUACCCGGUGAUGGAAUUGGUCCGGAAAUUUCGGAAUCAGUACAACGAAUAUAUCAAGCAGCUGGAGUUCCAAUUGAAUGGGAACCAGUAAACGUCACUCCCAUUUUAAAAAAAGGAAAGACAACAAUUCCUGAAGAGGCUUUACAAUCAGUAAGGAAGAAUACCAUUGCUUUGAAGGGUCCUUUGGCCACACCCGUUGGAAAAGGUCAUGUUUCUCUUAACCUUACCCUUCGUCGUGCGUUUAAUCUAUUUGCAAACGUUCGACCAUGUAAAUCCGUUGUUGGUUAUAAAACACCUUAUGAUGAUGUAAAUACGGUCUUAAUUCGUGAAAAUACGGAAGGGGAAUACUCUGGAAUCGAACAUACUGUUAUAGACGGUGUCGUUCAAUCGAUCAAAUUGAUUACCAAAGAAGCAUCUGAGAGAUGUGCUCACUAUGCCUUUAAUCAUUCAAGAGACAUUGGGCGAAAUCGCGUUACCGCUAUACACAAAGCAAAUAUCAUGAAAUUAUCAGAUGGUCUUUUCUUGGAAGCUUGUUACAACGUGGCAAAGCAUUUCCCUGAUAUACACUUUGAUGAUGUGUUAUUGGAUCGGGCAUGUCUUCAUAUUGUUCAAGAUCCUGCUCGUUAUUCGGAUACAGUCAUGGUUAUGCCUAAUUUAUACGGGGACAUUCUUUCGGAUAUGUGUGCAGGAUUGAUUGGGGGACUUGGAUUGACUCCAUCAGGAAAUAUAGGACGUGAUGCUUCGAUUUUUGAAGCUGUACACGGCACCGCGCCUGAUAUUGCUGGCAAAGGCAAGUGA